GGCCAUGGUGCGUUAGGAUCAGGAAGACUUGCCAUAAUUGACGGAACCAUGAAUUCUGUGCUCUAGUUGCUAAUCCUGAAGAUACUGCAUGACUUAUCAGGGUGUUCAUGCUCAUAAACCUUUGACUGUGGCCUGAUUAAAACAAGUCAGCAAAACAGAGUGGGGAAAGAAUUUGUCCCUAGCGAUGUGAAAGACUGAGUAGCAGUUAUUUCGAAAUAUGCUUGAUGGCAGUUUUUGCUAAAAAGGGAGGUCCAACCAGUUCUUAUUUGCAGAGAAGUUACCAAUGAACUAAACAAUGUAAGUGCACAAAGACAAAGGGUAUCAAGAAGUCCACAGCAUUAUAUAUAUAUAUAUAAACCACAGCAUAAAAAGACUAGAUGGAAGCCAUUCAGGGAGGCUGAAUGAUACAUUGUAAGAGCUUCCUGUUCAGUACUGGUUGUGUCUACGUGACACAAUGGGGAUUGAAAGACAAAAUUCAUUUCUUUUAAAGACAACAUCUAGGCCUGCCUAAAAUAUGCCCAAAUAUUGGGUUUUGAUCUUAUGAAACCAGACUGGAACUUUUGCCCACAAAUACAACAUAGGACAUGACCAAAGAACACCAUGGUCACGGUGAAAUAUGGUAAAGGCAGCAUCAUGCUCUGGAGUUAACUUUCUAUUAAAUAAAUUAGAUUGUCUGCUAAGGUGGAUGAAAUCACGAACAUAAAAAUAAACAAAAGAAUGGCUUCACCAAAAUAAAAAAAAUUGGAAGAGUUUUGGCCUGGAUCAAGUUUAGAACUAAAUCUGUGGAGUAAUCUGAAUCGAGCUGUGGAACAGGGUGUUCAAACUUUUCAGAGUCACUGUACAAUAACAGCUUUAGAAUAACUGCCAUCUGUGGAUGAAAGGGUUAAACUAUAAUAUGGCAUGUUAAAAUAAUCAAAAUCUAGUUCUGCUCACAUGCUGGCUGAAUGUCUGCAAAGCAGCCUACAAACAUUUUCAGAAUUACAAAUAAAUCCUAAUUUCUUUACAUAAUAUCAGUGCUUGCGAUUAAAUAAUAUAAAACUAAUGGCUUCAUGGAAGUUCUUAACUUUCACCAACGUCUUCCCCCAUGGAGGUGCCACAUGCUGGAGUGUUUGUGGUAGGCUAAUCAUUAAGGAUAAUAAAAAAGGCAGGUUAUAUAUCACCCCAGAGCCACUUAAAUCACCAUCAAGUUCUCAAUGGAGCUCGGGCCCAAACAAGCUGCCGUGAUGAGCAAGGAGGAAGGCAUGGAUCAGCAGCCCAGCAGACCAACAUGGAGCAGGCAAAUAGAGUUUACCCUGGCAGGAAUCGGCUGUGCAGUGGGUCUGGGGAACGUUUGGAGGUUCCCUUAUCUCUGCUACAGGAGCGGAGGAGGUGCUUUUCUGGUUCCCUAUCUGCUCAUGCUGGUGGUUUUGGGGAUCCCUUUACUCUACAUGGAGCUGUCUGUGGGCCAGUACACAAGGAGAGGCCCUGUUCAUGCUCUGGCCACUGUUUGCCCACUCUUAAAAGGGGUGGGCAUGGCAUCUGUGGCCAUCUCCUUCAUCAUGUGCACCUACUACAACAUCGUCAUCACCUGGGCCUUGUAUUACCUCUUCAACUCCUUCCAGUCACUUCUUCCAUGGCAGAGCUGCAACAACACCUGGAACACGCCCAACUGCACGGACCACGCCACCAACAGCAGCUACUCGUCCACAGCUAGCCAAGAGUUCUUCAAAUAUAGGAUGCUCGGCCAGACUAGUGGAGUAGAGGAAACAGGAACACUGCAAUGGGAGCUUUUCCUUAUCCUCAUCCUGGCUUGGAUCCUCAUAUAUCUUUGCAUCUUUAAAGGAGUGAAGUCAACAGGCAAGGUGGUGUACUUCACUGCUCUGUUCCCAUACGUCAUCCUCAUCGCCCUCCUGAUCAAUAACGUGCAGCUUCCAGGUGCAUCGGAUGGGAUAGAUUUCUUCAUUGUGCCUGAGUGGGACAAACUGCGCUCCGUGGACGUGUGGGUGAAUGCUGCGGCUCAAAUCUUCAACUCCAUUGGGAUUGGUUUUGGCUCCCUGCUGGCCAUGUCCAGUUACAACUCCUUCAACAACAACAUUUUAAAGGACACACUGUUCAUAUCCAUCACCAACUCCUUAACCAGUAUCCUGGCAGGUUUCGUCAUCUUCUCUGCCUUUGGGUAUAUGUCUCACCUGCAGGGCAUUCCUGUCAGCCAACUGGCAGUGGAUGGUCCAGGAUUAGUUUUCAUUGUUUACCCACAAGCCUUUGCCAGCAUGCCAGUGUCUCAGCUCUGGGCCUUCCUGUUUUUCUUCAUGCUGCUGUGCCUAGGGCUGGACAGUGAGUUUGCGAUGGUUGAGGUGAUGGUGACCAGUUUGCUGGAUGAAUUCUACCAACAUCUGAUCAGAAUUUUCAAGAGGAAGGAGCUGUUUGUUCUUGCAGUCUGUUGUGUGUCCCUUCUGUUAGGGAUCCCAUGUGUCAUGCAGGUAGGAAUCUAUGUCUUCCAGCUGAUGGACCAUUACACUGCCAUCGUGUCCAUCAUGUUCCUUGCUUUUUUUGAGAUUUUAGCCAUCUGUUGGAGUUAUGGUGUAAAGAGACUUUCAAGCAACGUGAAAGAGAUGACUGGAAAAAAGCCAAACAUCUUCUUCAGGUUAUGCUGGCUCAUAGUUGACCCUGUGCUCAUCACUGUCAUUCUGAUUUUCUCCAUCAUCCAGUUCAAACCGGCUCGCUAUGGGGACUACGUCUUCCCUCCCUGGGCUCAGGGUGUUGGCUGGGUCAUUGCACUGGCCUCCAUCAUCUGGAUUCCUUUGGGUGCCAUUCACACUUUGUGGGUGCUACCUGGCUCGCUCAUGAAGAAGCUGAAGCUGUCGAUCAAACCAUACGCCCUGAAUGACACUAAAGGAGGAGCUGGAGAACCAUCCGUAUCUGUCAUCAGCUCCAGCAUCAAACUACCUGAAAAAUCUCAAUUUGAGACACACUUCUGAUACAUUUAGUUUUUGCUCUGCUCAGGACAUUAAACAGAAGCAUUUUAUCAAAUUUAUAUACAUGAUUGGAAGAAUCUGUUUUUGCAUAUCUGCCUUGCAGAUGAAUGAAAGAUGAAAAUAACCAGUUAUUGCAACCUGGGUAAUUCAGUUUGUGGAAUUGUAUUAGGAGUAUAACAUUAGUUUGCUGUGAUUUAAAUUUUUUGAUUUACUUGUUAAUUUUCAGUAUUUUAUGAACACACCCAUUUCUCUGGCCUUAUUUAUUGACUUUACCUUGUACAAGAGUGCCAUCUUUUGGUGAUAUGUGUUCAUCACAUGGGAUCAGGCAAUUUUUAAAGCACCAUGUUUAACAUUUAUAGUAAAAGGUAGAACUACCAUGAUCGUAUUGCUGGCGACUUAUUUAUUAGGUCAAAUACAACAGGGAACUGCAGAUAAAGCUAAUUGGUCAUGCAACUCUGUCAUGUAACAUAUAAUAAAAGAACAAAACCUGUCA